UAUACUUUCGUCGUCUUGAUUUUAGGGUUCCUGCCCAGAGGGAUGAACUGCGAGAUGUUCCACCUGAGAGAACUGGACGUGGAGCCGUAUCAAAUCCGCGAGGUUUUGAGAUGCAUACUCCACACGGUCAUGUUUAACAGGGCAUUGGGCCUCGUCCGGCCGCGCGACGUCGAUUCCGAGCUCUUCGAUCUAACUUAUGUGCAAUGUGGCGACUUAACAUUUGAGAAGAAGAUGGAGGAAAAAAUCGACCAGCUCAUUGCUUGGGUGGAAAAACAUCCAAACAAGAAAAUCACAGUUUGCCUUUCCUUCUACGAAACUAGAAGCAAGCAGAAUGCGUGGUUUGGACACAAAAUGGAACGCUUGUAUUGGGAGCAAUGGUAUGUCACGCUCAACACCACCGUCCAGCAGUCACACUUAAGGAGCAAGCCUCACCACGACAAGCUUGGCGACGCUCUUGAUUUGAUGACCGAUGAAAGAUCGAAGCGUCAUGCGCUACUCGAGUCCGGAUUGAAAGAAGUGAUGCUCCAGAUCUUACAGCAAGUAAACGAGAAGAAGGAUCACGUACCACCCGUCACUAGCCAGGAUGUAGUCUCGUUCCCGUAUGAGAUAUCAAUACCAAGCUCGUCGGACUCCUCGUUUGGAAUGGAUAUGUUCAAACGGAUGCUGCAAACUGGGCCUCCCACAAUGCUUGGCUGAUGCUUUGCCCGCAACUUUCAGCAAAAAUGGAUCAAAUCUCCAUGCCGCUUGUAAGUAUUUGAUAUCGCCGCUCACUUGUAAAAAAAGAAAGGAAGCCACACGCAAGACCACACACAACACAGCCAUACUUCGCUUUCGCGGUUAAAUGCCACUCCAGGUACCACAGAGAUUCGCUUGUUGGUUCUCACAGAUUUUUUUACUUGUACAUGUGUUUCGCCAUCGCAAAAGCAAAGAAAAAAAAGCUAGAAAGCUGUAAAAAUCUCUGACUGGAAAAUAUCGCAGUUGCCGGGAAUCGAUCCGGCGACGUCGGGGCAUUUUAUAAGGCGUAGAUUUUGGGGAGCCCACUAUAUCCAUGAGUACAUUGUUCCAGGCAAGAGUUGUAACGAGGAUCACAACAAAUGUUGAUAUUGUCACAGGGAUCACAACAAAUUCCAACUUAAGUGUUAGUCGCCACUACGUUGUUGUUAAUUGGAAGUGUCUUAAGAAAGAUCCACGCCACUACGUUUUGUUGUUAA